AUGAUAACUCGGUCCAAAUCUAGAAUUUUCAAACCCAAGGCCCUCUUAGCUAUUGUUCCCUCUACCUCACCAACCAUACCCAUCGAACCACCAAACUACAAGGUUGCUCUUGCUGAUCCACAGUGGAAACAAGUAAUGGUUGCUGAAUAUGAGGCCUUAAUAAGGAACAACACUUGGUCCUUGGUCCCAUUACCUCCCAAACGCAAGGCUAUAAGAUGUAAGUGGGCGUUUCACAUAAAGCUAAGGCUCACAAGUGAACUUGAACAUUAUAAGGCUCGAUUAGUUGCACAAGGGCACACCCAAGAGUUUGGCAUAGACUAUUUUGAGACCUUCAACCCCGUCAUCUUUGGUUGUGUCAUUUGGUUGGAAUGUUAG